AUGACGUCCGUCGCUACUUCCCAGUCGAUUCCUCUCUCCUUCGCUCCCCCCACCGCCGGGGAUGCCCUUCUAUCCUUCUCCCAGGAUAUCAGCAAGUCCAUCAUGGCCGGCCAAAAGCCAUCCAAGAAGCUGGAGGACGGCAUGCCUCCCGCGCCUCCCCCCUCCCCCGUCUUCUUCGCCGUCAACAGCAACGGCAAGGCAUCCAGCAGCAAGCAUGAGAAAAUCCCAAGUCUCAGCCUCGAGUAA